AUGCUGAAAAGCGCAGUGAGCUUGAAAAGAUUACUGAGCGCGGCGCUGCUGGGUGCGCUGGCCGCUCUGCUUACGGGCUGUAAUGUAGUUACGCCUGAUCAUUCUCAAUCCACUUUCGACACGUUGGGCCCGGUCGCUGAGAACCAGUUGUUUAUAUUCUGGGUUAUUUUCUGGGCUGGGUUGGUGGUAUUCAUCGCGGUCGAAGGCGCGCUGCUAUACAUGGUUUUCAAGUUCAAGCGCAGGGAUGACCUCGAUCCAAAGCAGACGCACGGCAAUACGCGCAUUGAGAUUGCCUGGACGAUUGCACCCGUUAUCGUGCUCAUCGUGGCGGCGGUUCCGACGAUACAGGGCAUCUUCUACGCCGAUGCGGGCAGAUACGUGGACAACAACGGACAGUCAAAUGAACUGCUCGUAGAUGUGAUCGGCCACCAGUGGUGGUUCGAGUUCCGCUAUCCUAAUCCCAACAACCCGGGCGAGCAGAUUGCCGUCGCUAACGAGCUCUAUGUGCCGGUCGGCGAGCCGGUCGUGUUCCUUCUGGACUCGGUAGAUGUCAUUCAUAGCUUCUGGGUGCCCAAGCUCGCGGGCAAGGUAGACAUGAUUCCGAAUAACGACAACAAGAUGUGGUUCCAGGCGUAUGCGCCGGGCGAGUUUUUCGGCCAGUGCGCUGAGUUCUGCGGUGUAUCUCAUGCGAAUAUGCGGUUCAAGGUUGUCGCGGUGCCGCGCCCUGAGUUCGACGCAUGGCUGCAGCAUCAGGCGUCGGCCGCUCCGCUUCCUUCCGACCCGCUGGUGGCAGAGGGCAAGGAACUUUUCCGGGAUGCGGGCUGUUCGGGCUGCCAUGCCGAGAGCAGCAUCAUUAAGUUGCGUCCGGAUGGCGGCAGAAUACCUGGCAGGACAGGACCGAACCUAACGCAUAUCGCUUCGAGGUUGAACCACUUGGGCGUUUACCGCAAUUCUGAUGUACCAUUUGAGGAUCAUGCCAAUGGCGGCCGUCAACUGUAUGUGAAUGUGGACGGAAUACCUCAGAGACUGGAUGGGCAGCCGUUCGUCAGCGAAGCCAUGUUGCAGAACAACCUUAAGACUUGGAUAUCGGAUCCGGAGGCGCUGAAGCCGGGCAACCUCAUGGCAAGAGACGGAGAGCCGUACAUAGAUCCUGCCAACGAGCUGACGGAGCGGGAGAUUGACGCCCUUGUGGCAUAUCUGCUAACUCUGAAAUAG